GGCAAUAAACUUGUAUGAUUGACCAACUUGUUCAAGGGGCUACUUCAUGUUUAACACCCUCAUCUUCCUCCUCUCUUUUUUAUUUUCCUGAACUUGUUUGCUUCUUUCUGUCAUUUUCUACAUCGCUGAUCAUCCUCAGUUUUCAAUCCAUAUGGCCUAACAUAACAAGCUUUUUCUCAUUAUUUUUGGAGUCAUGAUGAUGUAAUAUUCACUCAUCUGAAUGAUCUCAGUGAUAGAAAUAUUCUAAUUUGCUGCAUAGUUUUUGUUUCUUCUGUUUGAAAUUUUUAUUCUAGCCGGGGGGAUCAGAAUUUCUGCAAAUUAGUUUUGGAGAAGUACGACUGGAUUACAUAUUCCUUCUUUCUAGGAUUUAUUUUUACCUUCUCCAGGUGUGAUUUGGUGUGUUUAUUUUAUAUAUAAAAGACCCCAACUCAGAUAUCCAUGGGGCACAAAUGGCAAAACGUUUAGACAUGUCUACAUAUUACCGCCGGAAAUCAUCUUUAACAUCCUUUCCCGACUCCCUGCCAAGGCUCUGAUACGGUUCAUGUGUGUUUGUAGAGCUUGGAAUGCCACCAUCCACGACGAAAAAUUCAUCAAAGCUCAUAAUGACCUCAUGAAAACCAGCAGCCGUCGCGCGCGCCCUUGUACUUGUACCAUCAGGACCACUGCCCCCUGUUUCAAUCUCUUUCAAUGGUGAUGUAUUUGGAAGCGCCGUGAAAGUUCAGCGGCCGGUGGAACAUCCCAUCAGGAUGGUGAGUUGCUGCAACGGUUUAGUUUGGAUUGAAGUUUAUAAUGCAGCGUCGAUACUACAUGAUUUUGUAGUAUGGAAUCCGUCGAUUCAACGACUGAAGAGAAUAUUCCUCCCACACCGAUCGAGCUUCUGGCCUUAGUGGAUUAUGUGACACCGAUCGAGCCUCCGGCACCAGUGGAUUAUGUGACAUACGGGUUCGGGUACGAUUCCACCAAUGACGACUACAAAUUUUUAAGAGCUAUGAUACGAAUGGAUUAUACUUCGGAAGUGAGAAUCUAUAGCCUGAAAUCCAACUCAUGGAAAAAGAUCCAAAACUUGCCUUACUCCGCCUUUAGGAAUGCGUACGGAAUAUCUCACCUUUGUGAACGGUGCUCUACAUUGGCUGAUGGAUCGCAACUUGAUUGUAACUAUUGAUCGGAGCUGAGAAGUACGACUACUUUCCCGUUUGGUGCGGCUAUGAUCCAUCAAACUUGUCGAAGGAUAUUUGUGUGUUUCAGAAACAUAUUUCAUACUCAUAUGCAUGAUUUUUGGAUUAUGAAAGAUUAUGGAGUGGCAGCAUCUUGGACUCGGAUAUUAACUAUUGAUGUGAGUAAUAUGCUUUGUUGGCAUAUGCCUGAGUUUCAUUUGCAGUAUUGGAAACCAUUUGGACCGUGUUUAACAAACUCCUUGCUGGUAUAA